GUAUUGCCAGAUCAAAGUUGUCUUUGUUUAUGUUUUCUUUGUGCAUUUUUUUGUUUUUCCCAUUGUCUCGAGAAAUGUGACUGUUUUCCAUGCAUUCCGUUUUAAAAACAGAUUGUGAAUAUACGUAUUUAGCAACGCUCAGUGAAGAGAUUUUUCUUAAGUCUUUGUGUCGAUUAUAAAAAGCAAAAAUCUGUGAUUAUUUUAUACCGAUAUGAUGUCAAAAGAUUUGUCAAAUUCUCCAGAUGAAAGUUUGUAUCUUAGCAUACAAUCUAUUCCGUCCCUCGCAACUGAUGAUGUCACUGAAAAUGGCCAAUCCAAUAACGGACUUAAAACUCGAAAUUUCGCCUUACAAUUGGUGGAUUCGUUGAAGAAUUCGUUGGAUAUACGUGAGUUGAUCGAUAUAGAGCUGGUCUCAGGUACCGAUAACAAAAGAGUACCAGCCCAUAAGAUCAUUUUAUCAUGUAAUUCGCCAUAUUUCUCGGCAAUGUUUAAUUCGCCUUUGAAAGAGUCUAACGCAUCUGAAGUAUUGAUACAAGGAGUUGAUGGUGAAACAUUGGAGAUUCUAGUAAAUUACUGUUAUUCGGGAACGUUAUCAAUAACAGAAGAUAAUGUUGAGAAAAUUCUUUCAACAUCCUGUCUCUUCCAAAUGCCCAAUGUGAUUCAAGCGUGCUGCAAUUUUUUAGGUAAACAACUCGAUUUCUCCAAUGCGAUCGGCUUUACUCUCUUCGCUGAGCAGCAAAACUGUGAUGAUCUUUAUCAACUUUCAUUGAAUUUCACUGCAAAAAACUUCAUGGAAAUCUAUCAAAAUUCUGAAGAGUUUUUAAAAAUGGACGUUGAACAAUUGUCGACGCUUUUGAAAAACAAUGAUCUGAAUGUGACAAGUGAAGAAGACGUUUUUAAAGCACUUGUGAAAUGGAUUAAUCAUCAAGAUGACAGAAAAAAACAUAUCAAAACAUUAUUGCCUUUAGUUAAACUGUCACUUCUCAGUCCCAUUUUCAUUGCUGAUCAUGUUGAAAGUUUUUGUACGACACUUGAAACUCAAAAAAUAAUCUUGGAUGCUUUAAAAUGGCAGUUGAUCCCAGAACGAAGAAAUCUUUCUGCUGAUUCUUCCGUUCCAAGGAAAUCGACGGUUGGAAAACUUCUUACAAUUGGUGGCAUGGAUCAACACAAAGGAAGUAUUAACAUUGAAAGUUACGAUCCACGUGAAGAUAAAUGGGAUGUUUUAAAGAAUAUGCCGACUCGCAGACUUCAAUUUGGAUGUGCUUUAUAUAUGGACAAAUUGUUGAUUGUUGGCGGUAGAGAUGGAUUAAAGACUCUUAAUAACGUCGAUGCAAUUGAUCUUCAAACUAUGACCUGGACAUCAUUAUCAUCACCACUUGCAACUCCACGUCAUGGUCUUGGUCUUGCUUUAUUGAAAGGCGCCCUUUAUGCAGUUGGAAAGUUUAAAAAAUAUUUUUGCAGUGGACAUGAUGGAUGGAGUUACUUAAACACUGUCGAACGUUUAGAUUUAACAACGAAAACAUGGAGUUGUAUUGCACCAAUGCAAACAAUGAGAUCAACUGCUGGUGUUGCGAUUCUUGAUGAUAAACUUUAUGUUGUGGGAGGAAGGGAAUCGUCGAUUUGUCAUCGGACAGUUGAAGUUUAUUGCCCUCAUACGAAUCGUUGGAUGGGGAGAUCGCCGAUGAAUAAACGACGUGGUGGAGUUUCUGUGGCUUCUUAUAAUGGGGGUUUGUAUGUAUUUGGUGGUCAUGAUUUGCCAGUUAAGAAUCCAUCAUGUCAAAGAACGCCAUCGAUUGAGAUAUAUGAUCCGAUCACUGAUACGUGGACUUUAAUUGCGAAUCUUGACAUGGGUCGCGAUUCUAUAGGUGUAGCUGUUUUAGGAAAUUCCAUCAUAACAAUCGGUGGGUUUGAUGGUACAAAUUACUUGAAGACUGUUGAGAAGUUUGAUCCUCAAACGAAAAAAUUCGAAAAGUUAAAAUCGAUUACUUUUCCAAGAGCUGGCGCUUGUGUUGUAGCUGUUGGAAAUAAUCAAUUGAGUGGUUGUAGCAACGAAAGUUUUUUCAGUACACCAGCAAUGUCUCAUUCAUCCUCAGUUUAG